GUCCUACCCUGCCAUGGCUCACCAGAGCGCCCUCUCGACCAGCGAGGGUUUGAAGGGGCCGCACACAGUCAGCUUGAAGGUAUUGCGGCUCUCGCGGCCCUCGUUGGCGCAUAGCUUCCCUCUCCCGCAGCCGACUGCUCCCGACGACCUGACUAUCUCUCCCAAGGCCUCCUUGGCUUACCCGACCGCCGACACCGAAGAUCCAUUCAUCAUCUCCCCGCUGUUGAAGCUUCCAGAGGCAUUCGGUAGCGCCUAUGUGGGCGAAACCUUCUCAUGCACACUGUGCGCAAACAAUGAGAUCCCAGAGGGCGACAAGAGCCGAGCCAUCAGCGGUGUAAGGAUCGUUGCAGAUAUGCAAACGCCCUCGCAGCCGGACGGCGUACCGCUGCAGCUCUCCCCAGACGACCAGAACCAGGACCGGCAACCCGGGCUGGAGUCAGGGCAAUCGCUGCAGAAAAUCAUAGCGUUUGAACUGAAAGAGGAGGGCUCACACACGCUUGCAGUCACGGUGUCGUACACGGAGACGCAGCUGGCCGGAGAGGGUAGAGCGGCUGGUGGGCGUGCAAGGACAUUUAGGAAGCUGUAUCAGUUUGUGGCGCAGCAACUGAUCAGUGUCAAGACCAAGACGAGCGAGUUGUCUGGAAAGGGUGGUCUGAACAAGUUUGUGCUGGAGGCUCAAUUGGAGAACUUAGGCGAAGCAAACCUAAGUCUCGAGCCUGUCAUCGUCCAUGCCGAAACCCCUUUCAAGUCGCUGUCUCUGAACCAGCCUCUCAAUGCUACUAGGGAGGAUCCGGCCCAUCUUCCAGUGCUGGGACCGGGAGAUGUUCUGCAGGUCAUGUUCCUUUUGGAGCAACAGGAAGGCGCCCCGGAGGCAGAGAUUCCCCCGGCGGCGAAGGCAGCGGGUAGACGCAUGCUGGUUCGGAGCUUGUUCGUGCAGUGGCGCAGCGCACUCGGCGGGCGUGGUUCAUUGAGGAUCGGGCCAUUGUUUACUCGGCCUCGAUGAAGCAAGCAAGCAAGCAAGCAAUGAAAAGUCAAGCCCCUGAGGAGGCGAAAGAAGCAAAAGAAGCGAAAGCAAUGCACAUACACACACACACAUACACACGCACACAUACACAGAUGUACCCCCACCCCCUCCCCGGGCCCCCCCGAGGGAUUGGGAGAGGAUACAUGGGACAUGGGACCCCUGGAAUGGGUGUUGCAGAAGACGAGGGAGGUGAUGCAGCGAGUGUCUUGUGGUAGCGUGCCGAUGGCGUCGGGCGGUGGCGUUUUGGCAGCAGGGCUUUGUGGCUUGGGAGAUCAGUCCGGGGAGGGAUAUUGCGUCAACGCAGCGAUUGGCAGUAGGAGAGUAGGAUGGCACGGAUUCGUUUGAGCGAGACAAAUAUAGGCGGCGUGAUUGCAAUUGGCAACGAGGGCCCCUUUUCGCGAUAGCAGCAGUGCUAUAGCCGGGAGGAAGUGAGGUUGGGACCCUGCAUGGAC